AUGGAUGGCUGUUCUAGAAAAUGGACACAAAAAGAAGAAGUUGAGUUAGCAAGGUCAUGGGUCGACAUAUCUGAAGAUGGUGGCACAGGAAAGGGUCAAAAUCGUGAUCGGUUUUUGUUACGUAUCACGGAACGCUUUUGUAGGUUGUCAAAAGAAGCAUUAGGUGGAGGGAACUUGCAACACAUGAAGAAAUUGCAAAUUCGCCAAAAAGAAGCCGAACGUCUUCAUAUUCGAGCUCGCAACAAGUCUCAUUGGAUGGUCAUUUGGAACCGAGCGGUCAGCCAAAUUGGAAGAAAUGAUGACACAAAUGACCCAAUUGAAUUCAACAUUGGAGAGGUAUAUGUCUGA